GCCGCGCUCCGGCGGGCCGGGCUGGCCGCCGCCCGGCGCCCGUAUUUAAAGUGUGCCCGGGGCGCUGCGCGGAGCCGCUCCCGGAGCAGCGCGCCCGCCCCGGCGGCACGGGGGGGACCGGGGAGGAGCAGCGGCGGGGAGGAGGGAUCCUCCCGGCAAGUUCGCUUUGGUACCAAAGUGGCCGCGGGGCUCGGACGGGCGAUGGAGAAGGAUGAGAUCCACCUGCGCAGGCUGCCGGCCGCCGCGCCCUGGGGACCGCACGCAGACAGUGAGUUUCAUGGGGUGGAUUUCCUGCCAGAAGAUCUCAGCGAGGCUCCAGAGGAGACGGGAAUGAGGGUGAACAAGAAGUACUCGUGUCUGCCUGCUGAGGAGAAGGGCAUCCACAUCAUCAACAUCCGCGCCAUCGAGGACAUCGGCUACGACCAGCACGAGAGCACGCUGUUAAACUCCCUAUCCAAAAACCCGGAUGCUGACUGCAAAUACGGGCUCUACUUCAGAGAUGGCAAGAGGAAGGUGGACUACAUCCUGGUCUACCACUACAAGAAGUCCUCAGCCGGGAAGGCUCUGGCCAGGAGAGCUCAGCAGAACGACGCCGGCGUGCGGGGCUCCAGGCACGAGCAGCCCCUCCCGGGGAAGGGGGUGCAGCUGGAGAUGGGGGACAGCGAGCCCCACCUGGAUUACCACGAGGACGACAAGAGGUUCCGCAGGGAGGAGUACGAGGGGAACCUGGUGGAGGCUGGGCUGGAGCUGGAGCGUGAUGAAGACACUAAAAUCCAUGGGAUUGGAUUUGUAAAAAUACACGCACCCUGGAAUGUAUUGUGUCGAGAGGCAGAAUUCCUUAAGCUCAAGAUGCCAACAAAAAAGAUGUAUCAGAUCAACCAGACCCACGGCCUCCUGAAGAAGAUUAAUUCUGUGAUUCAGAAAAUAACGGAGCCCAUCCAGCCAAAAGUGGCAGAACACAAACCUCAGACGGUGAAGCGCCUCUCCUACCCCUUCUCCAGAGAGAAGCAGCACUUAUUUGAUUUGUCUGACAAAGAUUCCUUCUUCGACAGUAAAACGAGAAGCACUAUAGUUUAUGAAAUAUUGAAAAGAACAACAUGUACCAAAGCAAAAUACAGCAUGGGGAAAGGAGAGGGAAGAAAGAAGGAAACUGCCCUUUUAAAUAAAAGACGAAAAUGUGGUAAAUAUGGGAUCACCAGCCUGCUUGCCAAUGGAGUUUACAGUGCUGCAUAUCCUCUGCAUGACGGUGACUAUGAAGGUGAAAAUGUGGAGCCCAAUGACAGAAAACUGCUGUGUGAGGAGUGGGCCAGCUACGGAGUGUUUUAUAAAUACCAGCCCAUCGACCUGGUGAGAAAAUACUUUGGAGAGAAGAUCGGGCUAUAUUUUGCCUGGCUGGGAGUUUAUACACAAAUGCUCAUUCCAGCUUCAAUUGUAGGGAUUAUCGUUUUCCUCUAUGGCUGUGCAACUGUGGAUGAGAAUAUACCCAGCAUGGAGAUGUGUGACCAGAGAAACAACAUCACCAUGUGUCCCCUGUGUGACAAAACGUGCAGUUACUGGAAGAUGAGCUCUGCCUGUGCCACUGCCCGUGCCAGUCAUCUCUUUGAUAACCCUGCAACUGUCUUCUUCUCAGUCUUCAUGGCUCUCUGGGCUGCCACCUUUAUGGAGCACUGGAAGAGAAAACAGAUGCGCCUCAACUACAGGUGGGACCUGACUGGGUUUGAAGAGGAGGAGGAGGCAGUCAAGGAUCAUCCAAGAGCAGAAUACGAAGCGAAAGUUUUAGAAAAAUCAUUGAGAAAAGAACACAAACAUAAAGAGACGGAUAAAGAGAAGCUGACAUGGAAGGACCGUUUUCCAGCCUAUUUAACCAAUUUUGUUGGCAUCAUCUUCAUGGUCGGGCUGACGUUCGCCAUCGUGUUCGGCGUGAUCAUCUACAGGAUCUCCACGGCCGCCGCCCUGGCCAUCAGCUCCACGCCCUCGGGGCGCUCCAGCGUCCGCGUCACCGUCACCGCCACCGCCGUCAUCAUCAACCUGGUGGUGAUCAUCAUCCUGGACGAGGUGUACGGCUGCAUCGCCAGGUGGCUCACGCAGAUCGAGGUACCAAAGACCGACAAGAACUUUGAGGAGCGGCUGAUUUUCAAGGCGUUCCUGCUGAAAUUUGUCAACGCCUACACCCCCAUUUUCUACGUGGCUUUCUUCAAAGGCCGGUUUGUUGGACGUCCAGGCGAUUACGUCUACAUUUUCCAUUCCUUCCGAAUGGAGGAGUGUGCCCCAGGAGGCUGCCUGAUGGAGUUGUGUAUCCAGCUCAGUAUUAUCAUGUUGGGCAAGCAGCUGAUCCAGAACAAUUUGUUUGAGAUUGGCAUCCCAAAAAUGAAGAAGUUCAUACGAUACUUGAAACUGAAGCGUCGGCGUUCUCUGGACCAUGAGGAGCACAUGAAGAAAAAGCAGCGCUAUGAGGUGGACUAUAACCUGGAGCCCUUUGCUGGCCUCACCCCUGAGUACAUGGAAAUGAUUAUCCAGUUUGGGUUUGUAACUUUGUUUGUUGCCUCCUUCCCGCUGGCACCUUUGUUUGCUUUAUUGAACAACAUCAUCGAGAUCCGUCUGGAUGCCAAAAAAUUUGUUACUGAGCUGAGGAGACCGGUAGCAGUGAGAGCAAAGGAUAUAGGAAUCUGGUACAAUAUCCUCCGAGGUAUUGGAAAGCUUGCUGUCAUCAUAAACGCAUUUGUGAUCUCAUUCACAUCCGACUUCAUUCCACGCCUCGUGUACCUGUACAUGUACAGUGAGAAUGGCACCAUGCAUGGCUUCGUCAACCAUACACUAUCCUCUUUUAAUGUCAGCGAUUUCCAAGCAGGAACAGCUCCCAACGACCCCCUGGAUCUUGGCUACGAGGUUCAGAUAUGCAGGUACAAAGAUUAUAGAGAGCCCCCCUGGUCAGAGAACAAAUAUGACAUUUCAAAGGAUUUCUGGGCUGUCCUAGCAGCAAGAUUGGCAUUUGUGAUAGUUUUCCAGAACUUGGUCAUGUUCAUGAGUGAAUUUGUUGACUGGAUCAUCCCAGACAUUCCCAAGGACAUUAGUCAGCAGAUUCACAAGGAGAAAGUGCUCAUGGUGGAGGUCUUCAUGAGGGAAGAGCAAGGGAAGCUGCAGAUGCUGGAAACCUGGAAAGACAAGGACAAGAAAAAAGGGGAGAACUGUAACAACCACAGCCCCAGGCUCCCCAGGAGCCGCAGUGGGAGCCUGUCCUCCUGCCAUUCCUAUCCUCUGGACGUUUAGGAGAGGAGGGAGCUGAGUCUGUCGGGGCAUUCCAGAGACAGAAGCCACGGCGCCGAGGGCAGGAUCCGGUAAUGGACACCCCGGUGCGUGCUGAAGGAUGUGCUGCCAAUUCACUCCCAUCUUUGUGAGAAAUGCCCUUCUUGCAAACACGGAGGACCACGUUCUAUUUCUGACAAUGAUGGAUUUUUUUUGUCUUUUGUUUUUCUUUUGCACAAGCAGUAAUGCAGGGAGUUUUUAUAUUUCAUCCUUAGGUAACACUAUCAACAUUGGUGUGCAUUAAGAAAUGCAGGUACUUAUGACAAUCUUGCUAGAGAUAUUCUCUGAGAAUCUGAUCUUAGCCUAUCAAUUAGCUAAUGAAUUAAAGGUAAAUUUGAAGUCAUAAUAAUAAUUAUGCUAACUUGAACAGUUUUUGGAAACCCAGGUUCGAAGGCCCAUGGGGUAACUCGCUAAAUGAUAUGCAAAAUCAGUAUUCCCUAGUAUUCCAUAAAGCCUACCAGACCGACUCGCUUCCCAAGGCUGGGUGUAGCUCUGUGAAUCCGAGCUCUGGAGUGCCACAGCUGUGGGGGGCACCUGUGGCAGCCUGCUGUGUCCCCAGCCCCUCCAGGGAACAUCAGCACAGGGAACCUGGGGAGCGCUUUCUUGGCAGCAGCAGCAGCACAAUUCCAGAGAUCCUCCCAGCAGGUCCGUGCUUGUGGAGAGUUUUGUUCAAAGCCCUGAGUUCAAGAGCACACAGAGAGCUCCAGUGACUCUCACUGCCCUGCCCAGCACUCGGACGCUGCUGGUGCCGAGGAAAUUCCCUUUUCUGCCUUGGUUCAGCACAGCCCUGUCCCAGCCUGGCUUUUCCCUGUAGCCCUCUGGAGCAGGAGAAGGGAGGGUUCCACGGCCACUUUUCCCCCCAGACUUUUGGCUGGCAUUUCCCAGAGGCUGUGCCAGAGGAGUAAAUCCCAAAUGCGACCCCACUCAGUGUCUUCAGUGGAAGCUUUGCCUGCACUGGGGCUACAGGACCAGACCUUCAGUUAGUUACAGGACUUUUCUUUUGUCUUAAAAGCCUCUACCUUUUGUACAAGGAGCUUUUCCCUAAAGUAUAAGUGGGAAAUCCUUACUCACCAUGACUAGUUAAAUCCCAUCAGUACAGCUCCUUUUAAGCAUAAUACCUUUUAGUUUUGCUUUGUCGACCGAUAAACUGCACUUCCAAAUAAUAUUGGUGCAAUUAACCUGAUUUCUUUUAUUGCUUUGUCUUGUCCAUGGCACUUGCAUUAAAAAAAAUGGAAAAAGAAAAUAAAAAGGUAAGAUUUCUUUAAAGUCUAACUACUGUAUGGUUUGUUACAAAACCAAACUGUUUUCAAGAGAAGUUAGUUAUUUCUUUUUUUUCUUUCUUUUUGUCUUUGCCAAACUAAUUUAAAGAUUAAUGCUAGAACUCUAAAAAGAAUGCCAUAUAUAGCUUUUGAUAUAUUUAUUUGUUUUAAAGUAUGUGAUAAACUUGAUAUUUUUCUGUAGUCUGUCCAAAGAAGGUACCAGAAGAGAAAUUAUGUGGAAGAAAGAAAAUGGUAUUAACCAAAUAUUCUUGAAGCUUAUUUAAAAUAUUGAUCCAACCAAAGAUUUUUAUUAAUAAAGGGCUUAUAUUUUGUUAACUCUUGUUUCUGUUGUAUUUUGACUUGCAGGAAUGUCACUAUUUUUAAAAUUUGUAACUUAUGGUAGUGUGUUGCUGUAGGGCCAAAUCCUGCCUGAUUUAUUCCCACAAAAAUGUAAUGCCUGGUUAGUAAAUGUUUACCAGAUCAGGCCCACUGACUGCAAUAGGAUUGGGAGUGGGGAGAAAUCAAGCAGAAUUCUGUCCACGCGUUUUGUUGAAAACCUGUUCUUCCUCUCAUUCCUUGGUAGCCCAAAAGAUUCAGGAGAAAGCCAAACUACCUAUUCUGAAGAGAAAUUGUAGGGAUCGUCCUCGAAGGGGAUUUAAUCUAGAAAUACUGACCUGAAAGUAUUCCCAGCUUAAUACUGACAUUCCUGUAAAUGGUGGAAUUAUAUCCUGAACACAUACUUAACUGAACUUUUCAUUAUUUGCUGAAAUCAUGGAAUAGUAACAGUUGCUUAUCCUUUCUUUUGUACAGUAAAUUGUUUGAAAUGGAAUUUUGUAUAUAAAAAUCUGUAUUACUACUUAGAUAUCUAUAAAAUUCUUUCAUGAAAUCAUUUUUUAAGAAAAGCAAAUAUAUACUAAAUCUGUUUUAUUUUGGUUUUUUUCUUUUUUUUUUCUUUUUUCUUCGAACACUUAUUUGAAAUAAACUUAAAUAUCCAAGAGUUUCUCCUGUGGGACAGGUUGUGCUCUGAGUGUAUAGACAUCUCCCUAAAGAUCUCGCAGGCAGAUCUGGUGUUUGAGCUGCCUUAGAGACCCACUUGGAGAGGAGGGAAUCCCACCUGAAAUCCAUCCCCAAGAGCACAAAGGGAGUUUUUUGGCUGCAGGAUGGUUCCACUGUGGCUGUCACUGCCCUGAGGGACGUGGCCAAGCAAAGCUGGCCUCAGAACCUCACUUGCUGAUGGCCAUUUCUUCCCUCCCUCUCCCAGUUAACUGUUGUGUGAGAAGGCAAAGGAAACCUUCCUUUCCUUGAUGGAAAAUAUUAAUGCUCCAGGAAAUUUAGUUAGGAGGUGGGAAUUGUGUCCUGAGAGAAUGGAUAUGGACACCAGAAGCAGGUAAACCACAGUCUAGCUGGUAGGGGUUGUCAGUUAUUAAAGACAAAAUAGUACACAUGAGCUCAUUAGAUAUAAGGUAAUGCCAGCCAGAAAACCCCUUGCACUGCAGUUGUGGUACUUUUACUGGAAGUUUUUUCAUAUUUGGGAUGCAAAAAAACAAAACAACACCAAAAAACACACACACACACACAAAAAAAAAAAGAAAAAGGCUUGCUUUUAUCAAUAGCAAAUUUGGCAAAUUUGAGGCAGGGUUGUGCUAGAAAGGAUUUACUGGAUUACAGGGGGAGAAAAAAGAAACUUAAAACAGGGAAGCAGGGGUCUGGAAGUGAUCAAAGAAUACCUGGACAUGCCUUGAUGUGACUCACAGUGACCAGGUUUGAUGACAGA